AUGAUGCAAAGCGCAGGAGUCACCCCGGAAGGCUCGGUGAAGGGGCUCCCGGAGAUCCUCGGCGUGCCGCUGCAACAGAUCCCUCAGUGUGCCGGCUGCAAUCAGCACAUCCUGGAUAAAUUCAUCCUGAAAGUCCUAGACAGGCACUGGCACGGCUCCUGCCUCAAGUGCGCGGACUGCCAGAUGCAGUUGGCAGACCGGUGCUUCUCCAGAGCGGGGAGUGUCUACUGCAAGGAAGACUUCUUCAAGCGCUUUGGCACAAAAUGCACGGCCUGCCAGCAGGGCAUCCCUCCAACCCAAGUGGUCCGGAAGGCCCAGGACUUUGUCUACCACCUCCACUGCUUUGCCUGCAUCAUCUGCAACCGCCAGCUGGCCACGGGCGACGAGUUCUACCUUAUGGAGGAUGGGCGGUUGGUGUGCAAGGAGGACUAUGAGACGGCCAAGCAGAACGAUGACUCGGAGGCUGGAGCCAAGAGACCCCGGACCACCAUCACGGCCAAGCAGCUGGAGACCCUGAAGAAUGCCUACAAGAACUCCCCCAAACCAGCCCGCCACGUGAGGGAACAGUUGUCUUCUGAGACGGGACUGGACAUGAGGGUGGUCCAGGUCUGGUUUCAGAACAGGAGAGCCAAGGAGAAACGUCUGAAGAAGGAUGCUGGGCGGCACCGCUGGGGGCAGUUCUACAAGAGCGUGAAGAGGAACCGAGGAGGCAGCAAGCAUGAGAAGGAGAGCUCGGCCGAGGACUGCGGCGUUAGCGACAGUGAGCUGAGCUUCCGAGAAGAUCAGAUUCUCUCAGAGCUCGGCCACACCAAUAGAAUUUACAGCAACGUGGGGGAUGUAUCCGGCGGACAGUUAAUGAACGGGAGCUUCUCUAUGGACGGGACAGGACAAUCCUAUCAGGACUUGAGGGAUGGGAGCCCCUAUGGAAUUCCUCAGUCUCCAUCCUCCAUAUCGUCCCUCCCGUCCCACACUCCGUUGCUCAAUGGGCUGGAUUACGCGAUGGACAGUAAUUUGGGAAUCCUAGCGCACGGCGGGCAGGGGGUGAGCCAGACGCUGAGAGCCAUGGCCGGGGGCCCCACCUCAGAUCUCUCCACGGGAAGCAGUGUAGGCUACCCAGACUUUCCAACCAGCCCAGCCUCUUGGCUUGAUGAAAUGGAUCAUCCUCCUUUUUAAACCUCUCUCCUCCCCCGAACCCUGCUUGUCCCGUUGGCCCGAGAGAGUCCGUUCACGUAUCAAGAGAGACGACGGCACGUGAUGUUUGGGGAUCAUGGACAAACCGACGUAGAUUUCCAUUAUUUUCAAUGGAUGCCCUCCACUGGUUCCCGGAAGGUUGUAAGA